GCGCGCGAGAGAGAGCGAAAGGCUUUUCCUUGUUCAAGCGAGCGCGCGGGAUUAACGUGCGAGGAAAAAAAAGGCGGGCAGCGGUGGCCGCCGGGAGUCUUGGUCGCGCGGGCAGCUGAGCGAGUAUCGAGGCGGGUGAGUCCAGGGGCGAGAGAGUCGUUAUCUUGAGGGGCCACACACACGCACCCCUCCACCGACGCUGGGAACUGUAGCUCGUGAAGGGUGGUGGGAGUUGUAGCUCGGUAAGGGGGAGUGAACUACAGCUCCCAGGUUGUGGUGGCGAUGUGGGGUGAAGGUGUUUUAAGUAUAUUGUGAUGUCAGCCAUUUCUAAAGCAGGGAAGCCCCCCCCCCCCGUUCUUCACAGAGGGGCUAGUGCUCGUGGGGCUGUGGCUUGUGCUUGGUUAUUAUCGUUUGAGAACCUCGUCUGCAUCUGUGACCCGACUCGACACGUGAAGGAGCUUCCCCACACACUUGUUUGAAACGAAAAGGGACCCCCCAAGCUCAGCAAUGCAACUUUGGGGGCAGUGUGGAAGUCUGCGCGUUUCCACGUGGAAGACCUUUUCCUUGCUUUUGGUGAGGGAGCACAGCCAGAGGCCCACAGUAUUCAUUGACAUACACAGAGUGAACAUGCACAUUUCCUUUUUGGAGCUACCCUUCAGAACAGGCCGAGCUCCUGCUGAAAGGAAUCUGGUGUGGCUGCGAGAGGCACACAAGUUAUCUUUUCAUGGGUUUGGCAAGGACUACUUGAUUAUUUUUAAAAAAGAUCUACAGCUGCAUAUGAUAUUGCAGGCUUGCCAUGUCUGAGGGGAAAGCUACAGAUGCUAAACUGUAUGUGGGCUGCUUUAACUCUUUCCUGAGUUAUUUCCUAUUAUAAGAAUAGUGGUCUUGGUACCAAAUGCAGCACUUACCUAGCCUGCACUUAAAAAACUCAUAUUCCAGCUGUUCAAGUGCUCUGGAUAUUUUCACAAACUGACAGCCACAUAAACUACUACUGAUAAAUGUUUAAGAACAGAUUCGGUUUAAGAACGGACUUCAGGAAUGGAUUAAGUUCAUAAACCGAGGUACCACUAUAUUAGCUUCAGAAGGAAGGAAUAUGUGCUGUUUGGGUGUGAUUAGAAAUUGCUCUCAUUCUUGCAUAUAAUGCAAGAGGGGUACCUUUUACAGCUUUCAAGGCUCUUCAGGGAUUUAACUGCAAUAUUAAAAGUUGAAUUAGGUUGUGGCCAGGUCAGAAUUGUCUAUUGCCUUGUCUCUCUUUUAGAGGAUAAAAUAACAUUUAAGGUGCACAUUUGAGAGCAUUUAUUGAAGAUAAACUACUACUUGCUAUAUUUUAACCAUCCUUUACUGUUACGGUAGUUUGCCUUCUUAUUCUUGCAGGUGCAGUGGAGAUUGUGCAUAUGAAACCAGUAGUGGUAAAUAAAGUGGAAGAGGAUAGCAUAGGAAUAAAACUCUGUAAUCACAAUUGCAAUUUGUCUUUAGUGCUUUGGAACAUUGAAAUGCUAAACGAAAUGGAGACACGUAAAAUCACUGUAGUUAGAACAUAAGAUCUUUGAAUAAUUGACCAGCUUUGCUACUUAUGGAAUGUUUAGAGGUCCUUUCCAUAGGACAGUUCUAGCACUUUGCCCAUGUUUAACACAUUACUUCCAUAUACAAGUUUGCUAUUUUGACAUUGUAAAAAAGAUGGUCCCGGUUGGUGAUAAUACAGGCUCAGGGUUAUGCUGUAACACAAAAGAGUCUUAAUACUCAUUGCCUUCCGACUCAGAAAUGUGGUCGGCUAAACUGUGAGAUUUAUGUAUGUGCAUUUUUCAAAAUAUAAGCAAUAAAACGUUUGCCAUGUAAAGCUGAGGCAUCACAGGGCUAUCAUAAGGACACAUUUCUUAGCUCAGAUUAAUCAUUCUAGCAUUAUAACAAUCAGCUGGAAUGGAAAUAUGGUGUCCCUGCUUUCCUUUUCUCCCGUGCCUCGGUUUAGUCAUAUGGAGUAGCCGCUUGUGAUAUUGAAAUUGCUGGUCCUGCUAUUAUGACUGGAAGUUAUAAGGUGUUAAGGUGAACUUCAAAGUUAGGAAAAAAUAUUUCUUCUGAUAUUCGCUUGGUAGAUGAAAACGGCUGUUAGCGAACCAUAACUCUGAGGGCUAUGCAGAUGAUUGUAAGCUCAGUUUGCUUUAUGGCUUUUAAACCCAGAGUUAAACGGAGGUUUGAAACUGCUUUCAGGAAUUGGGAGAGAACCAUCCAGACCUAAUGUAUGAACUCUUUUGAUUUGUGGCUGCACUGGACAUCCCUGUUUACUUUAAUGUGCUGCUUGUACAUUUUAUGCCCAUAUAGGACUACUUGAAAGCAGACAAUGAAUUCUAGGAUGAAACAGAAACUGGAUGUUGAGAAGCCUCUUGCUACAAAGGUAAUAUUGAUACUUGCCAAGGUGUAAUGACAAGUGGUGAUGUGUAUACAGCGCUAUUUUCAUAGAGUUCAUAGAUAUUAAGCUUGUACUUCUUUUUAUAAAUAGACCAAGACUGAAGAUCUGUUCAAUAGGUUUAGUGCAUAACCGGCUUCAAACUAAUCACAUGAUUCCUACAGCAUAGGAGCCCUUAUCAUACGUUACUUGUAAUAUGUAUUCAAAAUUGUCUUCAGAACUGUAUAGAUAAAAUAUUGCCGAGAACAGGCUUCCCCAACCUCGGCCCUCCAGAUGUUUUGAGACUACAAUUCCCAUCAUCCCUGACCACUGGUCCUGCUAGCUAGGGAUCAUGGGAAUUGUAGGCCAAAAACAUCUGGAGGGCUGAGGUUGAGGAAGCCUGGCCUAGAACCAACCACAGAUACCUCUGCAGCACUACAGUCUAUGCUACUGCCUUGCUUAUUGUCACCAGGAUUUGUGUUUUACAUAUGAGUCUGAACCUAAUUGAGUUAUAACAAGGAAGUUUGAUGUACAGUGUAGCUCAGUUUAUGAACUUAAUCCAUUCCAGAAGUCCAUUCUUAAACAGAGGUGUGCUUUCCCUAAUGAGGCCUCCCGCCGGCGGUGCCCUUCCACCGUUCGGAUUCCGUUCUUAGACUGAGGUAAAGUUCUCAAACCGGGACACUAUUUCUGGUUUUGCAGAGUUUGUAGACCGAAUCAUUCUUAAACCGGUCUGUUCUUAAACCGAUGUACCACUGUACAGUAAUGGUGGUAGCCUUGCCAAGGGAUUUGAAGGAUUCUAUGGCAGAGGCUAUAAAAUGUUGCAUUCAUAAUACUGUUUUUGUUUAAUUGGAGAGUGAAAGGUAUGAAAAUACGGUAAGAGAGGAAGCACCUGUUAAUAAUAAUUAGGUGCUAUUAAUUCAGAUGUUUUGGAUAAUAUGUCUUGGCCAGUACUUAAACGUGUACAGACAUUAUGUGUGUCUUGCCCUAGAGCAGUGAUUUUCAAUCAAUGUGCUGUGGCACCGUUGGUUGCCUUAAAUGAUGGUCACAGGUGCCACGAGCAACACUGGCCUCUGUCCCUCUUCCUUUCCCCUCCUUCUCUGAUGCCCUCACAUCUCUGCCUCCUAAAGGCUUGCACCGCUGUUUGUUGCAGCAACCCUGGCUACAAGCUCCCCAGGCUAAUGGUGCCUCUGGGGCUGGCUAGGAGCAGCGGCAGAAGCUGCCCAGAGGACUCCCAAUGAGAGUGGAGAGGAGGCUGAGGGAGCAUUCCACAAGGGAGGGUGUUUGAGAAAGCAUGAAAGGCUGCCAGCUCUGCAGGCAAGGGAUGAUGUAACUAGGCUUCUGAGCCCCACAAGGGUGCCGCAGAAAGAAUGUAUUUGGUCAAGGGAGAAAUAAUGUAUUUGGUCAAGGGAGCCGUGGACUCAAAAAGGUUGAAAACAUCUGUCCUAGUGUCUUAAAAUGUGAUCUGCUCAUAGUUGUGUGCAAAGAUCCUAUACCCUCUGAGUGAUGGAUGUUCUGUGCUUUCAGUUCUACAAGGCACAUUGCUUGGCAGCCAAGCCAACAAAGAGGAUCCAUUCCCUAUGUUCUUUGUAACUAGUACAAAGUUGAAAUACACAGGUGGUUGAUUUGCUCAUCCCCUUCACAUGCUUGGAGGGGCUAUAGCUGUGUGGUAAAUCGUAAGAUUUGCAUGCAGAAGGUCCCAGACUUGAUUCCAGGUAGGGCUGGAAAAGCUUGCUGUUUGAAAUGGUGUGGAGGUGCUGCUAGUCAGUCUAGACACGGGGUUUAGCUUGGUACAAGACAUAUUGGCAUGUCAGAGAUGAAACCCAUUCUCUCACAGGAGGCUAAGGAGGUGCUUGUAGCAUCUUUAAAGCACAAUGUAGGUGUAAAUCGCCUAUCUUGCACCCAUCUUCUAGCUUGUCCUUGUCACCCUUCACUAUAAAGGUGUUUGGAUCAUAUUUUGGCCCAGAGAGGCAUGUUCUGCUGCACUUAAGGUUGUAAUUGCUAAAGUGGGAGGAAUACUCAUCAUGGUUUCCACAGCAAGCUAAUUUGUGGGUUCUUACCGAAGAGUGAUGCUGCUCAUUCUGGUAGAAUAAAGGAAACUGAAGAGGGAAUCUAAACUGUGUAGCGAUAAAGGGGGUUGUUGGGAUGUUGGCUUCACACCCAUCUGUUCUUGGCCCUGCUGCUCACUUCUCUCCCCCUCCCUCCACUUUGCCAACCUCCUUAGUUAAAUUUGUACUUGCUGUCUGGUUUUGCUGUUCAGAAGGCACUACCUUGUUAAACAUAAAAUAUUAAAAGUAAUAGGUUAAUCCAAGCAAGUGAUAGGCUGCAGUUGUCAGAAAUAUUCAUUGGCUACUUCAACAGCAGUAAGUAUUAUUUGAAGUGUAGCACAGUGCUGGUUCCCAGAGUACCUGGCACUUGUCCUUUUAGUUCAAUAGUAAAGUUAAUUGGCAGUAGAAACUUUACCGUGGGAAAGGUGAGCUCUUGCCAUGUGAAGUACAGUGUGAAUCGCUAACUUUCUCACGCUAGUAUGACAUUAUGUUCCUGCUAUCCUUGUUUGAUUAUCUACCAUUGUUUGCUAUCUCAUGGUGGCAGUGUAACAUUUUUUUUAAAAAAAGAACUAAUGCAGGAAAUGGGUAUUUACAUAUGACAAGGAAGGUGAUAGACAUUCUGUUCCUCCAAAACAAUACCCUGGCUGGAUCAGUAUGUUAUGUCUCAGGCAAAGCAACUAGGCACCCAGCACAAAUCAAAGGAAAUGUGCACUCAAGUAAAUUUUUUGUCAUGUAAAAAUGUGUGUCUCAGGUGCUCUCAAUACUCCUUAUUGGUGAAAUGACAUUAAGCAGAAAUUCAGGCCUGCAGUUAAGACAAAGUUCAAAAGCCAGUAUUUAAGAUGCAAAAUUUGUGUUUAACAUCAUGUGAGAUCCAGUUUCUGUAUAAAGAUGACCUGAUUUACUGCAUGUAACUGAAAUGUAUGUAACCCUUAAAUGUCAAUACAAGCUUUCUUGAAAAUUUUGAAUUGAAAACCUUCAAUUCUAGGUGAAGUAGAUUCACUGAAUGUGUUCUUUUCAAAGCAGGCUUCUACAAGCAAUAGUUCUACAAGCAAUAAAAAUUGCACAUCACAAAGACAGACCCUUAAGAUGAUACAACCAUCUAUUACAGGUUGUCUUGUUGGAAGGGCAAAGGAGGUAUGUACUGCUGCUGGAAUGCAAUCUUAGCAAUAUAUUUUUGGAAGCUAGAAAGAUUAAGUGAGCUGACAGUUAAGCUGAAAUUUGCCUGUUCUGUUAAUUUUCAUUGAUAAUAUACAAUUAGAUUGCUAGUCUACACAGUAUAUAGGCUUGCAUGUACCAAUGGGGUUGAAUGCUAUGUUGAAUGCACCUGAAGAUCCAUCUUCAGUGAUUGAAUCCCUAAAACUUUGCACCAGAUGACAAGUGGGAAUAUAACUGAGUAGGUGGUAAGAAUGGCUUGUUAAGACAUGCCUGCUUGGAAUUCUCAACUAAUAAAACUCUCAGCAGGCCAAAUCUUCAAUCAAGAGGAAACUUUGGAGUGAUCAGCUUACCUCAAAGGCUUCCAAACCAGAAGUUGCUGUUGAAACAGAAUACAGAACUGUAAGAGGAGUUCAGGCUUCUGAUCUUACAGUAAAAGGUAAGUUGCUUCUUAAGAAAAAUAGCAGUGACAAUCUUCUAAUAAGUGCUUAGCUGGAAGAUAUACGUAAACAUGAAUUGCCUUGGUGAAAGAGCUCUGCUGGAUAUGACCCAAGAUCUAUCUAGUCUUGCAUGAAGGCAAUGGCCUUUCCAACUAGUGUUUAGAAGUAUUCUGUCCCUGAAUUUGGAGGGUAACAUAUAUGCAACUUGACUAGUAGCCAUUGACAGGUUUUAUCCUUUAUGAAUUUGUCUGGUUUCCUUUUAUGUUGCUGUGCUGGAACUGUGUAACAUAUGGUAAAUAUGAACAAAAUGGACUAGUUGGGUCAAAUAGACUAAAAAGGGGAUGAAAAUAGGGCAAAACAUUUUCUGCUUCUGUUCCUCUCCUCUGCUGCUUUCUUUCCCUCUUCAUACUUUGCCAGUGAUAAGCAAGUGUGAACCUACAGAAAAUAGUAUGGUACACACUUCUCAGUGUGGUUGCUCAAAUGCACAUUCUUGCAUGCAUAGGUUUUUGUUUCUGCUUUGACAAACUUGGGCGGGUUUGGCAGAAUAUGGAAAUUACUUAACUGCUGCACUGUAUUGAAAUGAAGAUUCACUUAGUAAUAGUGCCACACUACCUUUGCAGAUGGCAUUUGACUUGACACAUCAUGUAUUGGGGCCCCCCAAUACUCUUAGUUAGUUGAACAGGCUUAGUCUAAUCAAAAGGAAGCAUGGAGAUAAGCAGCUUGAUCAGCAGCAAUUCUUAUGUUUAGGUCAUGAUUUGCUGCUCCUGUCUCUGCUUUAAUGCUGUAUUUUUUUUUGUGUGGAUGGUUUUAGUAACUGUAAGGUGCCUGAGUGUUUCUGCAGUGGAAAAGUUGGCUAUAUAUUUUCUUAAUACUGUAGUAAUAUGACUUGAGUGAAAAGUUUGGGAAGGGAGUCCAAGAAAUCAAAUUCUGAAUACCAUAGUUUGCAGUCCUAGAAACAUAGGAAGCUGUCUGAGUCAGGCCAUUGGUCCACCAGGUUCCAUAUUGUUCCAUCAAGUUCCACUGACUGACAGCAGUUUCCCUGGGCUUCUGAUGGGACAUUCCAAGCCCUACCUGGAGAUUCCAAGGAUUGAACCUUCAACUGUGUGCAUGUAAAGCAUGAGCCGCAGUCUUUGUUGUUGCAUUUGUAUGCCACAGUAAGUUAUAGCUAAUGGCUUGUCAUGAAUGUACAGUGGGAGCAAUCAGUGAUGAUCCUUGGCUUAUAAGGCAUUAUGUCUGAACUGGGGAUUGCAUUUUUUCAUUCUGAACAAACUACAUUGUAAAGCCAACAUUUGCUCUGGCCAUUUGUGGUUGAUUUGAGCAAAUAAAGCAUAAACUCUGGUUCAGACAGAAUGGAAAAACCAAGGAUCAUAGCUUAUUGCUCACACUAGGAGGAGCAAGCAGAACCUGUCUGCAUGUUCACUGUAAACCAUUAACAGUGGUUUUCUAUGAUGUGCACAUGGGGACUUUAAAAUCCUUAAUUUCUUUGCAGGCAAUCCUUCAUCUCGGUAUUGGAAGGAAUUGGCUGAGGAGAGGAGGAAAGCUCUGUAUGAGGUGUUGCAAGAAAAUGAAAAGGUAAUUUUAUGUAGUAUCAGCAAAAGUAUCAGCUUUUCACUACCAUUGAUGCUUAAACUCUGUCUGCUUUCCCCCCUAGCUCCAUAAGGAAAUUGAAUUAAAAGAUGGUGAAAUUGCUCGUCUAAAAGAAGAAAAUGAAGAGCUUGCAGAGCUAGCAAGCCAUGUACAAUAUAUGGCGAAUAUGAUUGAGGUAAGCUACAGUGAUGGUAAACAGCAAUAUUCUCAAACUGUAUUCUGCAUCUUGUCUAAUCUUGCACAAGGGAUUGUUACCAUCUAUUAUCGGGGCUACUUUGCAAAAACAGAGUAAAUGGUGAACUAAUGUGGGUGGUGGAACAUAUGCUCAAGUGCCCUGUUGAUAAACCCAGACAAAAUGUGUUAUUUUGAUCGAUCUCACAAAGAUCUUGUGCAGGGGUCAUCAACCUUUUCCAGCUGGAGGCCGGUCCACCAUCCCUCAGUCCAUGUGGUGGGCCGGACUAUAUUUUUUUGGGGGGGAAUGAACAAAUUCCUAUGCCCCACAAAUAACCCAGAGAUGCAUUUUAAAUAAAAACAUACAUUCUACUCAUGUAAAAACACGCUGAUUCCCGGACCAUCUGUGGGUCGGAUUGAGCAGGCGAUUGGGCUGCAUCCGGCCCCCAGGCCUUAGGUUGCCUACCCCUAAUCUUGUGCAUCCUGAUCUAAAGUCUAAAAGCAGGAUAUCUUGGAACAUGAAUCCUUUUCUUGGCUUGUGCUUUUUUCACCAUUGUUAUAACAUUAUGCUUAUAAAAUAUCUCUUGGAGAAGAUGCUUCUGAUAAACAGUUAGUGUUUCAAAGUGCUUUGCCAUCUUGUGUAAGAAGUCUAAUCUGGCAUUGAUAUAAAAGCAAAAUGUCAAAUGUGAAUUGUAUUGUGUUCUACUUAGCUUUCCCCUUUUUAAAUGUAGGCACCAGUUUUUAGGUCAUAUAUUUCAGCUGAUAACCUAACAACUGAUACUUGUAGCUUGUACACACGUAACAUCAGUGUUGGGGGUCUGUGCUUUGCAGAGAUCUUGUCUAAUCUGAAGUUUGGAAGUCAUGAGCUAGGACUCUCCCAGCCUUGCCUCAAAAUUAUUUUCUAAGGUAUUCUCUAGAGAAAGUGACUAUAAAGUCAAAAUUGAAUAUACUGUACACUUCUCUGCAGGUUAAAGUUGUAUAUCCAAAAAUAAAAUGCAGGAUUCUGUGACUGAUAGACCUGGUUGAGACAAUGUGAACUUUUUUUACUUCAUCUCAGCCAGGUCUAACAGCACAGAAUCCUGUAUUUUAUGUCAGUCAUUCACAUCUUGCCUCUGCAUUAUCUCCCUUCCCUCCCACCCCCCACGAUUUGAAGUAAGAUAAUAAUUCUUACCGCCAUGUAAGAUAAUAUUAGGAGAAUGUGCAAGGUGCUUUGCAAAUUGUUGUAUAAAGCAUGUAGUGAUGGUGUAAUAUCUCUAAAAAAGUUAACUGCUGUAUAAUAUAUUACUUGGCUUCAAAAGCUAAAUUCUACCACUGUUCUGACAGUAUCACUAAUGUCUCAUCAUACCUCUCUAGCGACUAACUGGACAGGCACCAGAAAGUCUAGAGACACUGAAAAAUCUAGACCUGGAAGAAAUUGCAUAUGAGGAAAGUGAUUCUACUGAGGAGGAUUUAGAUGGAGAAACUGAAGGGGAACCUUCACAGCUCUCGAGGAAUUCUACAGAUCUGCUGACAAAUGAAACAAGUAAUCUCUGAAAGUAUUGGGCCUCUGAAAGGGAAAAUGAACUGUCCGUGUGUCAUGUCUGGGGUGGGGAAGAGUAGAAUCCUUUGAAAUCUAAAGAUUCACUUGAAAUUUCAAAGGGUGGGUUUUGCAGCGGUGGAAGUAUAAUGGAAGUGUUAGACUUCAUCUGGUUACUUGAUUAAAUGGGAAUACUAUGUAUUUCAAUUUGUAAAUAGUUUUUUAUUCAUGUAUGUGGAACUGCCAAAUAAACUUCUCUGCACAGAUUACACAGUUGUAAAAUGCUGUACUUUAGAACAUAUGUUGCAAGUCUAAGCCAGCUAUUUAAGAGGUAAUAGACAUGGAAUAAUAGUUCCCACCCCCUUUAAACCUUUGAGAACAGAAGUGUAGUACAUAUGCUAUGUCAGCCCCAACCAGUAAUUUACUUAGUAUUUCUGGAUACUUCCCUAAACACCAUUUACCACCUGGCACUUUUACUGUAAGCUGGAUUUCUUAGCUCUACCUGUUAGUGAUUCUUUUAUCUGUUCUUGGUAGGCUAGAAGCGCUAGCAUUAGCUUGGCAUAGUUUUGCGGCCAGCUAAACCAUUCCAACUUAGACAGGGCCUCCAGACAUUUACGUAGCUUUUGGCCACCCACUUCAUUAAAUAACCUGAGAUAAGGGAUGUUGUUACAGCAGACAACCGUCAUAAGGUAGCAAACCCAGAGCUUCAUAGUGAUUAUAUCUAGAGGGUCGUCAUCUUCCGGGUCUUCAUCUUCAUCCAGAUAAGCAAGGAGAAUUUCCAUAAGAUGUCUGUCUUUGGCUUCAUUUUGGUUUAAGUAGCUUAGGUAGCAAGUGCCACACAACCCUUUUAAUACAUAGGUCCUCACUUCCCCAGAAGUAUCUGGCAUAAGCAAAAUAUUAAUCAUAUCCUGAAUGUAUUCUGAUGCAAGCAAAGCAGCAUUGACACCACCUGUAAAGGAAGACAUGUUACUGAUUAUUUCACUAAUAUUCUGGAACACUGCUACGCCUGAAUAUUUGUCCGUUUUUAAUGGCUAAUGUAAAUUGAGAGAUUUCCUAGCCAUGAGAUGGAGUCCCUUGAAUACUGACACUUGAGCUAUUAAACAUACUUACAAUUUUACCGCACA